GGCGAAGCUCGCGAAUGCGCUCGGUGUGUCAACACCAGUUCCUGCUAUCUAUUCCGUCUCCUCCCCUUCUCCCAGCUAUGCCCCUUCGCCGAUCGUACCGAGCACCGCUGCCUCCUCCGCUUUCGACUUCAGGCGGUCCCCCACCCCGUCUGCAGCAUCCGGGCACACGUACACGCCAGCCACGCAGACCUCCAAGUAUCUUCUUCAUGUCAUGCCGCCAAAUCAUCUGCCCCACGAGUCUGAGACCUCUUACGACAACGAACUCCUUCCACCACCUCCGACGGCCUCAGGUUAUCACGCGCAGUUCCGACGAGGUAUCCUGGUCCCUGUCUACCCCACGCUCCAAAGCCAGCUCGCCGCCAUUGCGAAGGAGUACGCGCUUCCGAGUACAGUUGGCCUCGUCCUGUACUUGAUCAACUCCUCUUCCGCGGCGCAAGCCAGCAUGCGGCUGGGCAACAUGGUCGAAGACGAACAAGACGUCCCUGGUCCGAGACUUUCCGAGGAUAUUUGGAGACACAUAUGGGUGCGUGUCCUGAAGGCGGAACGCGAAGACAUGCCUUCCUCGGCUGUGCGCACGAAGGGUCUCGGAUUUGGCACUCCGGCCGCCCAGUCUUCGCCCUCCCUGCUGCAAGAUGUAAUGUCCAACCAGAACAGUUUGCGGCCACUCCUUUCCCCCAUGAGGACGGAAACGCCGCAGCUGAUAACGCCGUCGCCUUCUACCACCGCGUCGCACUCCGCGAUCUCGUCCCGGUCAGAUCUUGAUUCUCCAGAGUCGACGACGUCUGUAUCAGACGGAGACGGUGGUAACGGGGACGACGUGUCGCUUCCAGGGCUACACUCGCCUGCGCUGAUUCCUAUCUUGGCGAAGGUGGAGUUCGACAUCGACAAGCGGAAAGCGACGUGGUACGAUCGGUGGAAGCGGAGCAGGCGCUCACAACACGCCAAACGCGCGGAGAGUAGGUUGGAUGUGCAGAGGCGGGCAGCGUCACGAGCGGGCGACGAGUCGGGCGCGGAAGAAGAGGGCGGGGAGGAUGGGGAGCGGAGACCUGCGAUGCCACUGCGCUUGGUGGACCGGCUGCAAGCUACGGCGAACACUCCGGUUCAUUUGCGGCCCACGAAUGGGCGAUUGCUCGGGCCAGGUGCGGACGAUGAAGAUGAGUACGCGCAGCUGCCGGAUUCAGACGGGGAGGACGAGGAUGAAGGGGACGCGACGGCGCGGUACGGACAAGGGCACGUGAGUGGUGAUCCAUUGGCGGACGUGUUUGGCACGGAUGCAGAGACGUGGGCGGACAUGCGGGCUGAAAACGCAUCCCAGAGGAACACCGUGAACCCGAACGUUGUCAACCUUGCACUCGACGGCGCAGCGCUUUCUGCGCUACCAGAUCCGGUGGAGGACGGGGAGGAGAUGCAGGCGCAGGAUGACGCGGACGACAUUGCGGAGCUACUGAGACGGAGUUCACGGCCGCAGCUAUCGGUCGCGAUACCGGCUUCGCCCCCACAGGAGGGACGACGAGCAUCACAGGGUUCGGGGUUGUCGCGGAAACACGUUCCUCCUGCGCUGAACCUCGCUCCGUCCCUUCCUGGUGCUUCUACACCUGCUGAUGACCCUGACGCAAAUCUUGCGUAUCUCCAAGAUGAGACCACGCCUUCUUCCAGCGAGUUUGCAAAGACCGGUGAUGCACCCUCGGACGGUGAGACAACCCACAAACCACGCCGGAGUCCGUUGGACGAGAAGCGCGAGGGUGUGUUCUACGACGAACUUAACCUCGGGCUGGAAAGCUCGUAUGAGUUCGACGAAGACGAUCCGCACGACCGUCGGCGAAGCCAGGUACUGAUGAUGGCCAAGCUGGACGAGAUCGAGCGGAAUCUUGCCCAGUUCUCUCCUCGUCACAUGGCGUUGGAGGACCUUGCGGCAGAGACUCCGACCGGGAUGCCCUCAAUCGCGAACAGUCUAACACCGCCGGCGUGGGGCAGGACACCGAGCGCAGGCCCUUCUCCGGCCCCAGGGCCUGCGCCGGAAGGCGCCUCCUGGCCUGCCGUGCCGUAUUCCGCCUUGUCCGUUAUGAGCGGCGGCGGUGCCCCCGCAGGUUUCGAAGCCGCAGACGACCUCCCCUCUCCACCCCGCAUUGCGUUCAAUGGCAUUUCGACCGAUCUUCCGAAGUCGCCAUUCCAGAAACGCACCACGAUGGACGCCAUGUCCGACGAAACGCUCGCGCGACAGCGCGAGUUGCAAGAGGAGCAGGAUGCACUCUACCCUCCUCUUGUGGCCCCAUCUCUCCUCCGUAACUCAUCAGCAGAUUCUCCCGUCAUCCCACUAUCCCCCGACCCGUUUGGUCGGUUUCCGUCAGACCUAGACAGCGUCCCGCCCAUGCAGGAGGAGAUCUCUGGCCGACCUCCCCCGGGGAGGAAGGCAUCCGGUCUCCGUCACGCGCAUAACAACAAGUCGUCGAGCGGUGUAUCUGACGCACCGUCGAGUCGGUUCUCGAUCGACUCUCUUGCCUCAGACGAGGUUCCAGCCACCCCAGCUCUCUCUGUGGCGGCGACAAAGAACCAGAAACCUGGGUCGAUCAUGAGUGUGAAGAGCAUCAAGAAGCUAUGGCGGCGGACGAACAAGUCGUCGGUCUCAGGUGCGGCUUCUCCUGCUGUCCCUGAGUCUGGGAGGUCGUCCCCGAACUCGGCGCCGGCGGUGGGUAAGCGGUCGUCGCGCACGAUGUCGCGAAGCCCCCAGCCGGAACCGUCGAUGCCACCACAUUCCGCUCCCGCACUCGCGCCGCUCAAGCCGAAACGUUCGCUGCACGCCUUCCAGUUCGACCAGCAGUCCCCCUAUCCGGUCCAUCCACCACCG